AUGGUACGAUUAUUGUAUCAUACAAAUUAUUAUAUUAUUCUGUUUAUUAUCAAUUUUCUAUUAUGUCAUGGAGAUUUUAUGGAUUUAAUCAGUGAAUCAAUUUGUGCAGCUAAAUGUUUGAAAGCAUUUACAAAUUCUUUGACUGAACAAGAUAAAUCAUUUUUAAUACAACGUCCUGAUCUAACUCAACCACAUUGUAUAAAUCAAGAAAAUAAAUGUGCAUUGUGCCUCGAAAUAUGUAAAUGGCCAAGAAGUCAAACCAUAGACUGUUCUGUUUCAUGUCAGAAAUACACUUCCAUGUCAAAUUCAAAUGAAAUAAGUAACUCUAUGUCAACAGUAUUAUCAUCCGCGUCAUCAUCAUCAUCAUCCCACUCCUUGUCAUCUUCCUCAUCGUCGUCUCCAGCCCCUGUGCUUGAAUCACAAAAUAUUAGAUCUACAUGUUUAGAAGCAUGUUAUACAGCUCAACAAGUUUACAGCCAAUCAGAUCAAUUAAAAAAUAAUCCAAAUAAUGCAUUUGUCCUCGUUUAA